CAAGACAAAACAAGAACAACAACAAAUUAAAAUAGUUAUAAACUUGGGCCAAACCAAAAGACUGAUUUUACGUGGACGUGGAUCAUAUUUCCAUAUCUUGUGCUAAUUAGUUAAAUUUUGAACACUUCGCACUAUUGUUGGAGCAGAAGUAAUUAAGGCAGUCGUUCACUGUGAAAUUUAGGCAAAAAACAGUUUGACGUAGACACGGCUGCUAGUAGUCUACAGACACUCGACACCUGUAUCAACACCAGCCAACGUUAGCAAAAAGAGUUUGCCCUUCCAUGAAGAUCUGUAGAGGCCAGCCACUAGAACUGUUGGCCUCUUCAGCUGCAUCGGCAUCAGCUUCAUCAUUAUCAUCUUGACACGUAUUCUUAGAGUUGGCUGAAACAAGAUGCGGAGGCCGAAUUUUAAAUGGAUGGUGAAGUCGGUUUUGCUGUUGUUAAUAUCGCUAACGCUUUUUUUGCUCAUCACAAGUUGGAUAUCAGCUAGCCCGUAUACGAAUCGACCAGUUCAUCAUGGCAUUCAACCGGAAGCAGAGUCGGCAUCCGCUCUAAGAUCCAAUGAAAAAUCUAAGAAAUUGGACCCACAGCACUCAAAUGCAGAAAAUCCUUUAAGUGUCAGGGAGCAUAAUAAUGCAAACGAUCGAAAUGAGAACGAUAACGACAACGAUGUAUACCCAGAGAGGCUUCCGGCGCCAAAUAGGCAUCUUGCAGACGAUAAACCUGCUCAGCAACCUCCCGAAGAGCUAUCCGAUCUUCAGGUGGCCCCGGUUCCAGGUAAUAAUGGCCUCAAAAAAGAUUGGCAUGACUAUACGGCCAUGGAGAGGGAUGCCGAACGUGUGGGCAUUGGUGAACAAGGUAAACCUGCAAAAUUGGAUGACGAAAAUCAACGGGAACUGGAAAGAAAAAUGUCACUGGAAAAUGGAUUUAAUGCCUUGCUCUCCGACUCCAUAUCAGUGAAUCGCUCAAUAGCAGAUAUACGCCACAAGUCCUGCCGGAAAAAGGAAUAUCUAGCCAAAUUGCCCACAGUCAGUGUCAUUAUAAUAUUCUAUAAUGAAUAUCUUAGUGUCUUGAUGCGUUCGGUCCACAGUUUGAUUAAUCGGUCUCCGCCGGAACUUUUAAAAGAGAUUAUUCUUGUUGAUGAUUUCAGUGAUCGUGCUUAUUUGUAUGUGCCGCUUGAAAAUUACAUAGCCGAGCACUUUAAAAAUGUGCGUGUGGUGCGCUUAACCAAACGCACUGGGCUGAUCGGGGCCCGCUCAGAGGGCGCUCGCAAUGCUACCGGUGAGGUGUUAAUAUUUCUUGAUUCGCACGUCGAGGCGAAUUACAAUUGGCUGCCACCUUUGCUGGAACCAAUUGCCAUUAACGAGCGCACAGCUGUUUGCCCCUUUAUUGAUGUAAUUGAUCACAGCAACUUUAAUUAUCGAGCCCAAGAUGAGGGUGCUCGAGGGGCAUUUGACUGGGAAUUUUUUUACAAGCGGCUGCCUUUGCUGCCUGAAGAUUUGAAGCAUCCUUCGGAGCCAUUUAAGAGUCCUGUAAUGGCAGGUGGACUUUUUGCUAUUUCUUCGAAGUUCUUUUGGGAAUUAGGUGGCUAUGAUGAGGGAUUGGAUAUAUGGGGUGGUGAGCAGUAUGAGCUAAGUUUCAAGAUUUGGAUGUGUGGUGGAGAAAUGUAUGAUGCCCCCUGCUCGCGAGUGGGUCACAUUUAUCGAGGACCUCGGAAUCAUGUGCCUAGUCCCAGAACUGGCGAUUAUCUACAUAAGAACUAUAAACGUGUGGCCGAAGUCUGGAUGGAUGAAUACAAAAAGUAUUUGUAUGAUCAUGGCGAUGGCAUCUACGAUCGUGUAGAUGCUGGAGAUUUGACAGCGCAAAAGGCCAUACGCACUAAACUAAAAUGUAAAUCUUUUAAGUGGUUUAUGGAGGAAGUGGCUUUCGAUUUGAUGAAGUCCUAUCCACCGAUCGAUCCGCCCGACUAUGCCAGUGGCGCCAUACAAAACGUCGGUGAUUCCAGCCUGUGCGUCGAUACACACGGACUUCGCAAACAUAAUCGCAUGGGCGUCUAUAGUUGUGCCGAGGACCUUCAAAAGCCCCAACGAAAUCAAUUCUUCCAGUUGAGUUGGAAACGUGACUUACGCCAGCGUCGUAAAAAAGAUUGUCUUGAUGUUCAAAUAUGGGAUGCCAAUGCGCCAGUCUGGCUGUGGGAUUGUCAUGGCCAGCAGGGUAAUCAAUAUUGGUUCUAUGAUUACCGAAAACAACUGAUAAGACAUGGCAAAGAGGGACGAAGAUGUUUAGAAUUACUGCCCUUCUCCAAGACGCUUGUGGUUAACCAGUGUAGCGAGAGCAAUUCCUAUAUGAAAUGGAAUUUUGGAUCAUUCAACAAAACGUCUUUAGACAAUUACGAAAAGGACUUGAUUCUAGAUUUACAUCUGGAGUCGUGAUGAGAUUUAGUCACUAACUUGCCAUGUACUUAAAAUGUGUUGGUCUGUUUGAUAUAUAUAUAUAUAUAUUUAUGUAUAUGUCUACAUAUAUAUAUAUGUAUAUAUGUAGAUAUAUGUAGAUGAAAAUGAAAGGCAUUUUGUAAGCUAAUUUCGGUUCUUCCGAAUUUAAAAGUGUUCCCUUCCAGAACUUUGAUUUCUAAUUGAUUACUUUACCGAUUGGAUUCUUAGUAAUGUCCAAAAAAAAUUAAAUAUUUUUAACACAAAUUCUGGGUCUCAACCGACCCACUUCAAGCAUUCCUUUAAUUUAAUAUAUUAAAUCGGUUGUCUAUUAACAAUGCAAUUAAAAC